GAAAUGUCUACAGUAAUAGGACAACUCUUUGCGGGGGUACAAAAUGGUGUGUGUGUUGUUUUAUCUAAAAUUUUGGCUAUUUUUUCAAAUAAGUCGUGCGUUUAGUGCAAAAACUGAUACAAAUCAGCACACAAACAUCCGCUGCGAUGAGCUGUGUAAUGAGGAGGCUCUAAAGUUGUUUUCCACGAAUCUCAAAUCGGACUGCCAGCGAGGAUGUCGUUAUUUUAAUAUUGAAUUCUUAUCGAGUGCUGGGAAUCUCAAUAAAGUGACCGACCUAAAUACUACAAAUGAUCUCUGCAAAUCAUCCUGCACUGAUGCCUAUUAUGAGAAGGUAAAGCGGGAAGCUUGCCAGGUGGGCUGUGGAAAGAUGUUUGAGUUACAGUCCAAAUCUCCGUACAUUCAUGGGUGGCUGGUGUACAUGGGUGCCUCAACAGACCGCGAUCAUAGUGGUGGGGUAAUGUAUAUGCAGCCGGAUUUAUACACUCCACCAUCAGACGAUGAUUGGAUUGUCUUCGAUACUGCCUUCCGUCCGCAAGACUAUGACAGCUUACAUCCGUACAAAUUAACCCAAACUCACAUUCAAACAAUGCCCAUCUAUCCUGUCCGGAAGCAUAUCUCUACACAAUUCUGCAUCCCAACGUGGAUGUGGAUGAUCCCCAUAAUGUUGGUGUUUGCGAUUGUAUGGAUUCAAUAUGGUAACGCUAUUCGUAAUGUUUUCAUUUACGAGGAUGUAGAAGAAGAUGAUGAUGACACAGAAGAGGAAGGAUCAACAACGAAGAAAAUUGAAGAGGACUUUAUCGUAGCUCUGGAUUCAUAUUUUUAUCCAACACCAUCUAUUCCACCACCACCCAAAUACUCAGAAAAGGAAGAGGCAAUUCUCAUGAGUAGUGAUGAUGAGGAAAAUCUUUUGCGAAUCAGUUCAGAUAAUCGCAAUCGAAACACACCCAAAGCCUAAAUUAAAAACACAUAUAAAAUUAUUGCCACAAGUUUUCGAUUCACCCCUAAGUUUUUCCCCUGUCGCAUAGAAAUUGUGAUAUUUUUUUCUCGAAAUUCAUUCUUUUUUUUAUAAGUUGUGUUUCUGAAUACAGCAUCUAUAUUGAUAUAAGCCUAUGAAAUUUUGAUUUCAAUUAACCACCGCAGUCUCAUUUUUCAAUCUAUCUUUGUGAAUUACCUCAACAUUUUGUAUCUGGCCGGUAGGCCUCGUGUUCUGUAUUAAAAAGUAUAUAGCAAUUUUAGUAAAUAAUGCUUAAUUAAACAUUUUCAAAUUCCAUAAAGUUGAAUUAUAUCCGUGAAAAGAUUUUACAAGAGAAACAAAGAGUAACAAAAGUGUUUAACAUUUUCGAGUACAUAAAUCUAUGCAAUACGGAAACGAAUAAACUUUUCAUAUUGGAAUUCAUUUAACUUUUUAUUUACUUCUAGAUUUUUAAAUGUGCUCAAUAGAAACACAGCUAUUUUGAAUGGAUGCUUAUACUGUUGCAUUUAUAAACUUUAUUUCAAUUGGUACAUGAAAAACCACCACUAAAAUUAAUUUUCAGUGUCAUAUCUUAGAAAGUAAGGCGUUAAUUUAUAGAUAUUAAAAAAUACGAUAAUAUUGAGUCUUUACGUUCUUAAAAUGUUGAGACACGAAUCAAAUAGAAUUUUAAUGAUUAAGUAUAAUCACUUUAAUCACAUUUAACCGUGCAUAAAUAGAAUGUAAAAAAAAUGGAUGAAAAAUACCUAGAUUUUAACGUGAAUGUUCAAAUCAGAUUUUGUGGAUGUGAAAAACGAUUCUAAAAUAAGCGUAUAUUAUAGAAUAUUGUGCUUUUAACCAAAGACACCUUUUUAGGAUGAUUUAUAUGUUAAUUAAAUUGCAAUACAUACGGUACAUACCUUUUCUUUGUUGUUUAAUUAACAAAACUGAAUGAAAUAGUAUAUAUAGAUACAUAAAAGAUUAAAUCCCACUUUAUUUAAAGUAACACACUAUAGUAUUCUCCCUUAUAUUAUUCACUUAGGAUAAAGAAAGGUAUAAAGACAUUUUAUUAUUUUCAAACUCAUUUUGAAUCUGAAUAAUUAUAAUAAUUAAAAAAUAAAUCAUUAAUAAAACAAA